GGACAGACCCUGGAGCCGACCAGACAACACAACAACAAUCAGACAACGACCUUUCCGCCAAGGCGACGGGGUCACAACAAUCACGCAGAAUCAAAGACCUGACACGUGCCUUUGUACAGCAACUCACCCUCGUACACCUUAGUUUCUUCGACGGCGUCGGCGCAGCCAGCCUCGCGCUCCGCGCGCUCGGCGUUCACCCAGCGUUGACAGUCAGCUGGGAAACAGACAUCGAAUGCAUCAAUGUCCUCGACGAACAUUUCCAACCAAUACAGAUGGGAGAUGUCAACGACUUUGACAUCGAAAAGUUGAUCGACACCUUGCUGGACCACCUCGACCCCAACGUUCCGAUUACCAUCUUGAUCACAGGCGGACCACCUUGCCCAGAUUUUUCCGGUGUUCGAGCAAACCCGUCUGGCACAGCAGGAGCAACAGGCCACCUCUUCCAGAAGUUUGUGCGCGUCGUACAACAAAUCAAGCAAGUGCUACAGCAAAUACCCAUUUACAUCCUCGUCGAGAACGUCGUGCCACACACGAAUGUGCAACAGGACAUCCUGGAGUUAUCGAGACAACUCGGCGUUGACCCCAUUGUCGUGGAUGCAGAGGAUGGCGGCAUCAUACAUCGCAAACGACUGUGGUGGUUGUCAGUGCAAUGGGACAGAGUCAAGCCACAACUGGUGGCCAACACUCCGUGGGAUCUCCACUGGACGCAGACGGACACACCGUGGCCCCGCCUUCACAACCCCAUUGCGAAGACUCUACAACCACCGCUUGACACCAAGCACUUCACAGCACCCGCGAUCACACAGAAGGGAGGCCUGUUCCAUUGUUUGACCACACCGGCACCGGACGAGAGUGGCAGACCAGCGCCCCAGCAUUGCAAUGAGAAACCCGACACGAUCCACAGGUGGCACACAGAUCACCAACGGUUCGCACCAUGGCAGUACCAACAGAAGUACCUCGUGUCCGAUGCGGACGGACACCAACACCUGGCACCAGCCAACAUGAGAGAGCAGAUGAUGGGCUUUGAUGGACAGCGCGCAGCAAACAUGACGCCAGACAAGACCGAGUACCAUCGAAACAAGGCAUUAGGCAACACAUGGCACAUCCCAUCGGCCAUCUGGCUGCUGCUAUUGAUGGUGAUGGAUACCAUACACACGCCCGCCACAGCCAUUUCCAUCUCACCCAUACAACGAGCCACCAGCAUCUGGUUGGCCACGAGCACCUCGUUUGGGCCACCAGCGAAGCCUACGCACCACCUCUACAUGCCACAGUUCUGCUGGCAAGAACACAUACAAUGGACACAGUCACUAGACACAUCCCACACACCGAAACCCCUCGACCCGACACUGGAAUGGGUCAUACAGCAUUCACAUCUAUUUCACCCAUUGGCAGAUUUCCGAGAACAAGUGGUGCUCGAGAUUCGGCGACUGGUCGAGGACAUGCAAGAGGUCACUGACGAUUGGCUCCGCGAUCUACCGCAACAUGUACAAAAAGCAUACACCACGAGGAAGCAAGUCGCACAAGUCCCGGUGUUUACCCUCCUAUUGCGGCAAAUCGAUUAUCCACAAGCCGACAUAUUACAUCAGGAACUUUCCUCAGGAUUCCGACUGAUGGGACAGCUUCAGCCAGGAACCAAUUGGUACCUCCGAUCAGACAACAAGUACCUCGUCCCCAAGACACAAGAAGAAUUCACGGAACACAACGACCACUAUGUCCAGCGAAAAUUACAACAAGCCAGAGUCGACGACCACUGCGAGCUGAUGCUUGAGGAGAUCGUGCAGGAGGUCAAAGAUGGGGAGGAUGAACGGACUGGCGCCGCAGCGGACACAACGCAACAUGCAUCAUGCACGGCCAACCUUAUCAUCACACACCAGAUCACUUCGCUGCCCUCGCCGUCCGAUCACACCAACACCACCCCAACCAGCUCUUACACGUGUGGGGACACGAUCAUGACGGAGCUUACAGACAGCUACCUCUUGACCGACCGGAACAGGCUCCACACCCCAGAAGGGCCCACCCUGUGGAGCCACAACGUCCUCCUAUUCGGAUCCUCAGCCAGCGUCUGGGGAUACAACAGAUUCGGCGAUGCCAUGGUGUCAGUGUCAAGGCUGAUCCUCCUUUGCCCAACAAUGCAUUAUGUCGACGACUAUGGCAGCACCGAGGCAUCACACCAAGCAGAUUCGGGCUUUCGAUCCUUCGAGGACUUCAACGGGGCCCUGGGCUACAACAUGAAGACCAGCAAAAGACAACCACCAGCAUCGAGCCACAAAAUCCAAGGGGUCAUCAUUAGCACGGACACGAACCACAUCACACUUACCCCUUGCCCACAACGAGUGGAGCGCGAUGAGGUACCUGAUGGGUGGCAACCAGCCGAUUACUCAUCGGUCGAGAACGGAUGGGGCGCCGUGAUCUUCCCACCAGGGAAGAUGGAUAGAGCCUGGUACUUCCAAGGUAGACUACCACAAGAAAUUCUCAAGCAGUUCAGCUCCAACACCGCCUUCAUAUACCUCCUCGAAGCCUGGGUGGCCAUCAUCGCACCAAUAGUAUGCGAACCCAUUUUGGGCGACUUCUAUAUCCAAUGCUGUGACAAUGAGGCG